GGUAUCGAUGUGUUUGUUUCAGCGAAGAUUCGCGUUUAUCUUUAUCGAUAACGAUAUCGACUUCGACAUUGUCAAAACUUGUGAACUUAUACUGAUUGUGUUGUACUCGUAAUGGCAAGAUUAAAAAGGAAAAAGGAUUGGUGUGUAAGCCAGGAUUUGGUGGCCCUGGCCGUACUAACGCAUGCACCAGUGCAAUGAUUUCAUUGUCAGCUUCUAGCUCUAGAUAAGAAGAACACGCGCCUGAAGCAGCAAGGAUGCCGCAAACCCGUGACGAGCUUCUGGGCAACAAGGCGGGCCCGUUCGCGCGGCACAACAAAGAUGCCUUCAGCCCGACCAAGGUGCGGCCGAAAACCGCUAGCCAACCGAUCCGGCAAAUGGGUGAGAGCGGGAUUUGUGUGUACGCGGGAAAAGCGAUGUCAGUGCUCAAGGCCGAGGCCAAGCUUCGCCAGUACAGUGAACCAGCAAAGGCGUUUUUUGUCAGGCUGGAACGCGUCGCGCAGGCGGAGUUGGAAAAGUUGUUCGUUUUGAAAAUGCAGCACUUGUUCGUGCGCAACCCGAAUCAGAGCAGCUACUCCAAGGAGCAGGACGGCUAUCCCGGGAAGCCCAUCAGUUUUUCCGAUUUACUUGCAAGUUCGUCCGCGGAUGCUUCUAACCAUCCGGUCGACAACGCGGGACGGCGUAUCGAUCCGAUGAGCGAGGUGCUGGGCCGCAGCAACGCAAUGUACCAGGGGAAGCAACUGACGGGCUAUUUCCAGGGCGUGCUGGCAAAGUUGUUGUUGGAUUUCGCACAGUUCUCAGAUGCUCUGCUGAAGUACAAGGAUCAUUGUCUUUUGGCCUUUGAUUUUUUGAUUUUAUCCGCGCAGUUUGACGAAAGUUGGAACUGUAUCAAGAGCACGCACAAAAUAAAGCCGUGAGUCUGUAGGUUCUGCACGCAUGAGUGUGUUUUCUAGUGAAAAUCACAAUGCUUCGCAUUAUUGUCGAAUAACAGAAUGCAACGACCCGAACAGGAAUAGAGAGCGGGAGCCUUUGAAAGCGAGACUGAUUGAUUUCAUCAAACUCGACACAACAUACAACAACAAAACAGCUACACAUCGGCAGAGGAGCGCGAUUUCCAAUUCGGCGCCUCGCCGAACAAGCAGUCCACUGCAAAUCUCGAGGGUCCCACCGGCACGCUGACCAGCGAGCAGCUGCUCGGGGGUUCGUCUUCGUCCAGCUCUGCUUCCAGCAGCUCCGCCUCGGACCGCGACAGCGACGCGAACAGCACGUCGGAAAACGGCGAGCCCAAGGCGGAGGUCGAUGCGCGGUUCAAAAAGCUGUUUCCGGAGAAGGCCCAGGUGUUGGUGAACCGACUGGAGGAGUUGUCCGAGCAGGUGACGAAGCUGGAACAGAAAAACUAUUUGAUCACGGACAAAUUCCAGCACGCGCGCCGCAGCUUCCUCCGCGAGCAAAUUCUGUGGCAGGAGAAGUGGCAGAAGGUGCGCAACCUGAUCCCGGAUGGCGCGCUCCGGGCGCAGUUCGAGCGGCUGGACAGCGAGGUGCAGAUCUACGACGACGAGAUGUACUCGGACGAGAGCAAAAUCCACAACAUGUACCGCAAGCAGCUCGCGGAGAUGGAGGAGCACUACACGGACGCAAUCGAGAAGUUGCGCACCAAGUGUGCGUUUCUCGAGGACGACCUGGCCGCGGCGCGGAACGAGAACGAGAAGCUGCUGUUCCAGAUGCAGCAGAUGAGCAUGCGGCGGCAGCAGUCGGCCGCGAACGCCGAGGACGACAAUAACCAGUUCGAGGGAUCGAUGGACCCGAAUAAAGUGGACGCGAGCACGCGGAUGCUGAAAUCCGAUUUUCUGGAGUUCUUCGACGAUGUUGGCGUGGAUCCCUGUCCCGAGGUGGUCGAAAUGUACGAACAGAAAAUUUUGAAGGAGAAGGGCGGGGGCCGGUCCACGACACGGAAAUCCACCGUCCGGGCGGGCGACGGGCGCGGGACCGACACCUCGGGGGUGGACGACUCCGACUCGGACUCGGCUAGCGCGGAGGCGGGCAGUCGCCGUGGCAGCUUUGGUAAGCAAGCGACGUUUUCGCGGAAGCAGUCCAGUCUGGUCGAGAGCAAGGUCAACUCGAGGCAAUUGCGGGCGAUGGGGUCGAUGUCCCUGCAGCGUCAGAACACGGUUGCGCCGUCUGGAUGUACAGAACAAUGGCUUUUCAUCUUUUUCAAAGGCCAUAGCAAUCAAUGAAUGUGUUAUACCCGACCUGCUCGCCGACCGGUUGUUUCGAAUUUCAAUGGUCGCCCUAACUAGGAGUAGGAGAUUCUCGCUCCUCACAUGUUUGUAACUCAGUGCGUUUUACUCAUUGAAGAUUCGAAACUAACCAGUAUCACGCCUUUCUUCCGUCUUUGGCGCGGUGUUGGAAGAAGCGCAGCCGGGCAGCACGUUGCGUGUGGGCGCGACGGUGACGCGCGGACCGGACUGGGACCGGUCCGACGAGGACAUUAUUCCCGGGAACUUGGGAACCGUGGUGAAUGUGAGCGACAUGGACGGGACCGUGGAGGUGGAGUGGGAGCCUGUUCCGGUGGACGCGGACGACGCGCUGUCCGUCGAAAUGCUGGAUGAGCGGGCGGCCAAAGAUUUGCUGGAGCUCCUCUACGCCGCGGGAUACCACCCGAGCAGCCGGAUCGCGGGCAUGGAGUUGCUGCACCCCGUGGGAGCAGUGAAAAAAGCGAAAAAGCAGGGCUGCGACAUGGCCUUGCUGGAGAGGUUUGGUUUGAAGUACAAUGCCCAGACGCAAAACUGGCUCUUCCACCCCUACAAGCUGGUGUUUGAGCCGCUGAGCGAGGAAAGGGUGUUGAUGACCGAAGGUCUCGGGGAAAUGGUACUUACUCGGCUUCUAAUUUGCUGCGUGCUCACUAAAUGACGUAGUUGCAGUUGCAGGGCUAAACGCAUCUUUUUGAUGUUUGCUCUUUGUUCUAUCAUUUUCUAAGCUACAGAGUAUGAAAAACAAAGCAAAGAGCGCAACUAACUUACGGAUUUAAAGCUCCUCACAGACCGAUGAUCCCACGUGAUUUUCUUUCAGCUUGAGGGCGAAUUCGGCGGCAACUUCUUGGUUUUGGUUCGGUGGCUCGGCGAGCAGCCGUCGCAAGAGAUGCUGAGUACGUACUCGCUGAUGCAGCGGACCAAAGACGGUGAAAAUGGGUGGUGGUUUGUCCGCGUCCAGCGGGGCCAGCGGACGCUGCGGUCCCAAAAAUCCACAAAGAUUAUCAUGGACCCGUCCCUGCGCAAAUUCGAAGUCACGGUCCUCUCCGCCGAUAUGGGCGUGCAGGUCGAGGACGACCUCCCUGGAUUUUUGAGCGGGGCAAACGUGGCCAACUUAGACGAAGACAUUCCAGACGUGGACGCGGGGUCCAUCGAAAGGUCACUCUCCCCGUCCAGCAUGGGCGCUGCGGCCGGGUUUGCCUCGGAGCGCCGCGGGACCAUGCGCAUGUCCGGCGCCGCGCCCGGUGGUGCGGAAAACUGGACCGAGUUGGAAACGGCUCUGGACGAACUGGCGGGACAAAUUACGGAAGCCGAGAAACGGUAUCGUAUUAUUGGAGCUUUGUAUCUUCAAAAUGAUGAAUGGUGAAUCAUUGUGCAGCGCAUCCACGUAAAUUUUCCAGACACUUAGUCGCUUGUUCCUCGCUGUAAAGUGCUGGCCGCCCCACGUGUCAUUGGUUUUUCCUGAACUUUUUCUAAUCUCGAAUAAGUUUCUAUUUCAAAAACGCAAAACCAGUGUGGGUAGCAGCGCAGCAAGUGGUGACGGUGCAGGACAACAGCAAGCAGGCGGUCGAUCUCUGCCCCUAUUCGCAACGCGGUGGAACAACUUUGUUGACACGCGCGACAAGACCGUGACCGAACUGGCGAAGAUCCUCCAGGAGCCUGCACCAAAAUGGGUAUCGUUUCAGGACGUGAAGCGCGACAUACCCGGCGUGGACGGCGCCGCCGGCGCGGACGCUUCCCCGACCGGGUCUUCCCCGCGCGUGCCGCUCUCCCCCGGCCGCGCGGUUCCGCAGCGGAGUUCCAAGAGAUUUCAGAGCCCCGGCCACCCGGACAGAGGGACCGAGGGCGUUUUGGUGAAAUCCACCGAAGUGUCGCCCGCUCACUCCUCCGCGUCCCCCCGAGUGCGACACCAGUCGCCAGGUGGAUCGAGACCCAGCACGGCGGGCGGGAACCUUGCGGCGGGCCACUCGCGGGACUCGAGUCCCGCCAGUCCGCGAAACCGCUUGCCGCAGUCGACUUUGGUGGGGAAGAAGAGCCUGCUGCGCAUCGCGAAGUGGGCCAGUCUAAUCAACCCAGAUAUCGGGAUCCUCGAAACGCUGCUAAACCAGGGCGUCGACCUCGAGGAGCCGCUGUCAAAGAAACGCGUCCGGGCGGCGUUUCGCAAAUCCGGUCUGCCUCUGGAGAAGGAGGAACUCGAAGAGCUGCUCCUCGUUCUGCAGAUUGCCAAUAGACCAAAAGGAGACAACAAGAAGGAAAAGGAGCCCGUCCACGAGCUACCGACCAACAUUCGGCUGUGCGACAUUUUCGACUCCUUGCACAAGUGUUUGUUCGGCGCACCGCGCCGACGCACGCUCCAGUCCCGACCCUCGUCCGGGUCUCCGCGGCGGACCAGCGGUUCGCCGCGCCCGCGGUCCGCAGCCAGUCGGGUUGAUCUGACCAUGCCCGACGUGGCAGUCUAUCACACAGAAAAAAGCUGGCAGGUCACAUUUGUAAUGCAAAAAUAAAUACACAAAAAAAUCUGUAUUGCAUAUCCGAAACAGCAUGCUAUGGGGCCACCCAUGGCAGAUUUUUCUGUGUAUUUAUUUUUGCAUUACAAAUAUGCCCUGCCAGCUUUUUUCUGUGUGAUACAGUCACGCGCGAGCGGAUGCGCGCGGCCACGGGCGAGCAGUUUAGUAUGGACCCCCUACACCAAGGUGGACAAGCGGGAGCAGGACCACGAAGCCAUAGUCCACCGAGCACGCGGCCGAUGCGCAGUACCGAACAAUACUGGUCCGAGAAGCAGCAGCCGGUCCAACUGCCGAAGUUUCAGUUUGCGCCCACGAGGUUCGGCGUUGGCGGCGGGGCCGCGGGAGUAGAAUCGUCCUCCCGUGCCGAUCACUUUGCGACCACGCAGCAAAAAAUGCUGGAGGCCAAGCGGAAGCGGUCGGCGUCCCCAAAGGUACAUGCAAACCUUUUACCGGAGGAGUACGUCCAGGCGCAAGCACGGCUACACGAACGCGAGGGCAAGCAUGCGAAUAGUAACCAGAAAUUCGCGAGCCCCAAUCGCGAGGUCUUGGGUGUGAAACAAUCCGUGGAGGGGAAGCGGCCGCUGUCCAGCAACAGCACGAUGCGAGGCAAAAACUCGAAUCCCGGCGGGCCCGGCACGACCACGACCGGACUGGCGGAAACCUACCAUGCUGCACCUCCCGGUAGUGCGCACGGCAACCGGCGUCCGAUAUUUGCUAGCAAGGACUACAUUCCCCCUGUGGGGCAGCAGAUGUUGAAGCAGGCGAGCAGUCCACGCACCAGUCAAAAGGGGGCACCCACUACGGGCGGUCACGUGUACCAUCAGCGUCCUGGGCCAGGACACGUUCCCACAAGCUUAAAUCCGGCACUCACGACAGCGGCCUUGCGGCAGGACGUCACAUUAGGUGGUAUUGUGUAAAGUGACUCUGUUGCGCGUCCGCACAAGACACAAAUGCAGACAGAAUACGCGUUUAAACCUAGAGGUGGACGAUUUGUGCCUUUCUGUGCGAGCUAGCUUUUUUUUUACGUAGAGUAUAGUGAUGAGCAGGUUUCUCGUGGGGUGUGCGGUUCUUUCUUAAAGAAAGUAUCUUGAUUUUGCUUCGGACUCCAGGUGUUGGGCUUCCCCCAAGCGUUGCGGUUGCGAAGAGCGCGGUGACGCCCGAAAAGCGAAUCGGAACCGGUAGUAGCACAGCUGGGAGUUCAAGUUCCCAAGCGCACGUGCAGGUACCGGGACGACUCUUUAAGAGUCCGUCACACGUGAACAUGCGACCGAAGUCUCGGGAAGCUCUAAACCAUCCCAAGGAUAACGGCGCCAUGGCCCGGAGCAACUACAUGCCGGACGCGUGGUAUGACUUGAAGAGAUAA